AUGGUCUCGCGAUGGCUUGCCGGCUUGCUGGCGGCUACCGUUGCUGUUCGUGCAGACGCCGGCAAGCAGAAGCAAGCACCCCUCAGCAAGGCGUGUCCGAAUUAUGCCACUUAUGCGGCCCAUCCGCAUCAACCUCUUAGCACAGGCAAGCUUCAGCUACCAUUCCAAAGACCGUCUCCCGAAUGCCGAACGUUUCACUCCGAUGCCAUCGAAGCGGUCAUACACGACGUCACCUCCCGCAUCCAGGACGCCGACCUGGCGCGCCUCUUCGAGAACGCAUUCCCUUCCACAACCGACACGACGGUCAAGUUUCACAGCAAGGACAAGGACCAGGGCUUCGUCCGCAUGACGGGCUCGCGCUGGGCCGAGGACAACGACGCCUGGAACGGGCCGCAGAGCUUCGUCAUCACCGGCGACAUCAUCGCCGAGUGGCUGCGCGACUCAACCAACCAGCUGCGCCCGUACCAGGAGCUGGCCACCAAGGACCCGGCCAUCUUCGAACUGAUCCUCGGCGCCAUCAACACCCAGUCCGAGUACGUCAUCGCCGCCCCCUACUGCAACGCCUUCCAGCCGCCGCCCAUUAGCGACCUGCCUGUCACGGCCAACGGCCAGGAUGACGUCGUGUACCCGGCGUACGAGCCCUCGGCCGUCUUCGAGUGCAAGUACGAGCUCGACUCGCUCGCACACUUCCUCAAGCUCGGCAACGACUUUUACGAGCACACGGGCUCGUCCGACUUUGUGAACAAGCGAUGGCUGCUGGCAGUGGAGGCUGUCCUCGAUGUCCUACAGGAACAGUCGAGCCCGACGUUUGACGAAAACGGCCGCUACGUUAGGAACAGCUACACCUUUCAGCGCAAGACCGAUACGGGCACGGAGACGCUCAACCUGGCCGGCGUCGGCAACCCGCUCAACGGCGGCACCGGUCUGGUGCGAUCGGCAUUUCGCCCGAGUGACGACGCAACCAUCCUAGGCUUCUUCAUCCCCGCCAACGCCAUGAUGUCCGUCGAACUGGGUCGCGCUGCGGCCAUGUUGAACAAGAUUGGCAAGGAGACUGCUGGCGCCGAGCUCGACAAGUGGAGCAAGAAGAUGCGAGAUGGUGUCAUGGACCACGGCAUCAUUGAGCACAAGACUUUUGGCAAGGUCUUUGCCUAUGAAGUGGAUGGCUUUGGCUCAUCCAUCAUCAUGGAUGAUGCCAACUACCCUUCGCUGCUGGCUUUGCCUUUGAUGGGCUUUGUCGAUGUCAAGGACCCCGUCUAUCAAAACACACGCAAGAUGCUUCUCAGCAAAAAGGGAAACCCGUACUACCUUACGGGUAAGAAGUUUAAGGGUAUUGGCGGUCCCCAUAUCGGGUUGAAGAAUGCCUGGCCGAUGAGCUUGCUGGUACAAGCUCAGACAUCCGACGACGACGAGGAGAUCAUGGAAUGCGUCAACAUGGUCCUCGGCGCCUCCCUCAAGGGUCUGGUCCACGAGAGUGUCGACGUCAACUACGUCUCCCAAUACACGCGCAGCUGGUUUGCCUGGGCCAAUGGCGUUUUUGCCGUGACCAUUCUCGACUUGGCCAAGCGCAAGCCGCAUCUCAUUUUCGGGAGCGGUGCUGAGCCCUACGAUAUUGGUGCGACUGGAGGGAAAGCUUGA